GGUGGUAGCUAGGUGAAAGCAUAGUGUCACUGUCACACAUGCAGAGGUUGUUGAUAAUCCAGUCACUGGAGACUUGCCGGAGCAAUGGUGCACUCAAAUUCUGAUGCAUGUUUGCCACCAGGUUGGACUGUGAAAGUGAAAGUGAGAAAGAAUGGUCACAAAGACAAGUUUUACUUCCCCCCUUCAAGUGAUCAAAAGUUCAAUUCCAUGGUAGGGGUACUUCGUUAUCUUGACAAGGCUAAGAACAAAGCUAGCUUGCAGAGUAUCUCAAACAAUUCAGAAGAUGUAACUAUGAAACCAACAUUUUCGGCAAGCUCAGGUCAGAUUCCGCGUGAUCAACAGAUUUCACGCCGUGCUUCAAAGCGACUUGCUGGAAUAAAGGCUGAUCCACCUCAAGAUCUUAAAAGAACUCGAGCGCAUCGAGAUCUGGUUAAAAAACCAUGUGAAGAUGAAACUCUCAUAAUUUCCAAAAAAUCCGCCAAUAGGUUGCCUAAUGAUCAAGACAGACAGUUUAACGCACUUAAUAGGCCAGAAACCGUCAUAAAUGCUGACGCAAGUUUGCCAACAGGUUGGACUGUGAAAGUGAAUGUGAGGAAGAAUGGUCACAAAGACAAGUACUACUUCCCUCCUUCAAGUGAAAAAAAAUUCAAUUCCAUGGUAGGCGUAUUACGUUAUCUCGACAAUGCUAAGAACAAAGCCAACUUGCAGAGUAGCUUAAACAAUUCAGAUGAUGUAACUCCGAAACCAACAUUAUCUGUUAGCUUGGGUCAGAACUCAGGUCUACACAUGAUAUCCUGCAGUGAGCAGAUUCCCCGCCGUUCAAAGCGUCUUGCUGGAAUUAAGGCAGAUCAACUUAAAACAACUCGAGCGAAUCAAGAUGUGGUUAAACAAUCGGGCGAGGGCAAAACCAUCGUAAAUGCAGAUAGAUCCACUAAUAAGUUGCCAAAUGAUCAAGUGAAACCGUUUAAUGCACUUCAUGGUUCAGAAGCUAACUUCAAUAACAAAAGUACUGACAACACAAAGCAGAACAAUCCUACGGAGAAAGAUUGUGUCAGAGUUCUCGAAAAUGGAGAUAAGGUUGUUGCCAAGUUAGAUUACAGAUGCGAGUGUGACUCUCCCCUUCAAGUAAUACUUACUGAUCCAUCUAUCGCAUUUGCAGUACAAACUCUCACUGGAGAAACUUUUGAAACUUCGAAAGACACUCAAAUUUCUUCAGAACUAAAAUCCAUCCAAAAUUGUGAAACUUCUGCUAAAGAGCAUGGAUCAUCUGAAAAGAAACUUGAUAUUUCAAAGAUGGCCGUAUCAACCGUCAACUUAUGCAAGAGGUUACAGUUGCAGCCAGCAGUUUGGUGAUGAAAGAAGCAAUGUUUGUUAGAGAAUCAGCUACCAAGUUGGUAUUUUGGUGUGUAAUCAUGUAAUAUAGUCUUGUAUAUUGUAGAAUAUGCUAUUAAGUCCUAAUGUAUAUAGUUUUCAAUGUUCUUGCUAGCUUGAAUGAAGAACUGGUAUCUUCUUAUCUAAUCUAAGUAGACUUGAUGUAGAA